GAAGAAGAAGAAGAAGACCAUGAGUUGAGAGCGAUUGAAUUUUAUUAAUAAUGCACCAAUAUGCUUAAAUGUUUGCGGUGGCACAUCGUUGAGGUUAUAGCCUAUGAAACAACUGCAAAACCUCAACAUCGAAAAUGCGCUUAAAAGUCUUGUUAUAUUGCGGGUUAAGAUAAUCUCAGUAACGCAAUCUUUUAAACUCUAUUAAAAUAUUUUGCGUUUUACUAACGUAACUUGAUAGGAUGAAAAUGAGGCUGGCUUCAGCACUGAUACUUAAUUCUGGCUUUAGAAUCAGGCGUGGGAUUUAUAGUGGAGUUACAAAAACAUUGCUGUGUCGUCGUAAUGCAUGCAGCAGGACGGAGAGAGGGUGGUUAAAACCAGUGGGAUUUGACACCGGUGUAACGGCUUACAACAGUCUUACCAAGCAGAAAGAACCUUUGAUUCUGUCACAAGAAAAAAUUGCUACCUGGUAUAGUUGUGGACCUACUGUUUAUGAUCAUGCUCAUCUUGGUCAUGCGUGCUCAUAUGUCAGAUUUGAUAUUCUCCAAAGGAUAUUAUCAAGACUUUUUGGAAUUAAUGUCAUUCAUGUUAUGGUUAUCACUGACAUUGAUGAUAAAAUCAUACAAAGAAGCCUUGAGGAGAACAUCUCACCCAUCAUUCUUGCAAGAAUGCAUGAGGAAGAAUUUAAGAAGGAUAUGCUAGCACUGCGGGUUCUUCCUCCCGUGGUAUAUAUGAGGGUGACAGAAAAUAUACCUCAAAUUAUAGCUUUUAUAGAGCGUAUUAUUGGAAAUGGACAUGCCUAUGUCACAAGUCAAGGGAAUGUCUACUUUAACACGCAGUCUGUUAGUCAUCGUUAUGGCAAGCUUGUCAAUCUUGGAGAAAGUGCUGGGGAGCAGGAUUCUUAUAUUUUAGGGGUUCAGGACAAAGUGAAUUCAAGAGACUUUGCUUUGUGGAAAGCAUCCAAACCAUUUGAACCUCACUGGGAGUCACCUUGGGGACAAGGAAGACCUGGGUGGCACAUUGAAUGUUCCACAAUUGCUAGCUCAGUUUUUGGACAUCAGUUGGACAUACACUCUGGAGGUAUUGACCUUGCCUUCCCACAUCAUGAGAAUGAAAUUGCCCAGUCAGAGGCAUAUCAUCAUUGUGAACAGUGGGGAAACUACUUUCUGCACUCUGGGCACCUUCAUUUAAAAGGAAGUGUAGAGAAGAUGUCAAAAUCCUUGAAGAAUUAUGUAACUAUAAAGGAUUUUCUGGCUUCUUAUACUGCUAAUGAGUUUCGACUGUUCUGCCUUCUGACAAAAUACAGAUCAGCAAUCGACUAUAGUGAUGCAAGCAUGAAUGAAGCCCAAUCUACCUUGUCCACUAUCUCUGCCUUCUUCCACAAUGCACGGGCCUACAUGCAGGGCCACAUGCAUUGCCAGCCAAUAGAGGAAGGAUUACUCUGGGAGAGGUUGUCUAAUACUCAGACCAGUGUUCAUAAAAUGCUCGCUGAUGACUUUGACACACCAAAAGCUAUGGAUGCCAUCAUGAGUCUCAUUUACCUUGGCAACUGUCAGCUUCAGCCUGCUACUAAGGUGGAUGGGCCUAGGAGUCCUGCUGUAUUUGGAGCCAUGCUGUCCUAUGUUAUGGAAAUGAUGAGUGUUUUUGGGGUGGAUCUAUUGGACAAAACGGAAGUCCAAGAUUCCUCGGGAGUUUUGAAUAAUGUUGUGGAGGAGUUAGUCCAUUUUCGGAGUGAAGUUCGUAAAUUUGCUCUUUCUGUGGAAGACCAAGCACCACAGGAAUCCCAGACUGGCAAUAAAAAUCAGAAAAGGCAUCAACAACCAGACAGAUUACACUUACCCCUACUGAAAGCGUGUGAUGCCUUAAGGAAUAAUCUAGCACCCCUUGGAGUCCACAUUAAGGAUAGAGGCACCAACUCCACGUGGGAAAUAACAAGAAAGGCAGAGAUGAGGAAGAAGUAGCCCCUAACAGAAUUUCGAACAAACUGUAUCGAUUAGGACUGAAGUUCUGAAGACGCUUGAUUUUUUUUUUUUUUUAAUAAUGCAACAAUCUGGAAAGCACAUUUAUGUGUUAUUGUCAUUUUCAAUAAAUCUGUUAAAUGUUUAUCAUAAACUUUUGAUACAGAUUCUGUAGCUGUAAAGUGUAGGACAGUGCCAUGAAGUUACUAAAGUAAAGCAUUUUAAUAGGUUUCAUUGGCAGAUGCACAUCUGAGACCACUGACUUCCAUAAUAGGAAAAAAAUAAAUAUAUGGAAGUAAAUGUUUACAGGUUUUCAGCUUUCUUCCAAAUAUUUUAUUUUGUAUUCAACAGAAGAUGGGUGGAUUAUCCCUUGCGUUUUGCUCAUUUUCAACAUGCAUAGCAAACACAUUUGUUGGAGAAACUGGAUCACUGCCAAAGGUUUGAAAGAGGAAGAAAUCAAAUAUAUCAGAUUAAAAAAAGUAGUCUUUGGUCAUUGCUUAUUGCAAAUUCCUAAACAAAUCAGACAAAGAUUAAUUUACGAGAUUUAUACACAAUAAAAUCAAACAGUCUUCCAUUGUGACGUUUAAGAGUUUAAAUUGGCACUUUUUAAAACAGUUCCAUAUUUUGAGUUACUUGUUGCAUCCUUUUUAGGUGUAAACCUUUAAGUGGAAGCACUGAUCCACUAUGUCCAGAUAGGCACGUACACAUCUACAAACUCAGUUUGAAUACCUUAUUUGAAAUGUGUUUUUUUUUUUUUUUAAUUUAUAGCAGGGGCAUCAGAUAGGUUAAUUUAAUUGCUCCCCUGCAAUUAAUAGCAUGCCCUGUUCCUAUUUAUUUAUUAUUUCAAUCUAUUGUGUCAAGUAACUUUCUGAUUUUUGAUUCUUCAGUAAAAUGUAAAAAUACACUAACACCCACACUAGAGAUAGCCAUUUCAAAUAUAACAUAACCUUUAUUUGCUUUAUUUUUGUUUUAUUGUUACGUUACAAAAAAGCUAAAUGAAAUUAAAUGUUUCAUUUUAAAUGCUGUAA